UCACGACUCGCAACAUCGCAACACGUCGUCGUCGUCGUCGUCAUACCUUAACAUACAUAGUACGCGCGCUGAUCGACCUAUUGUGAUUAUCAAAUUUUUUUUUUUUUUUAAACGGUUUAGUGGUAGUUUAACUCGAUAUUGUACGAUUAUAACGUCAGUCUUCCUAUUACAUACGCGUAGUGAUUUUUUUUCUCAUUUUUUUUUUAUUGCCAUCGCCUGUCUGUGAGAAUGGAAGAAGAUCCUCAAGCGAUCAUUGAAUAAUUGCAAACGCCAAAUUUGGCCACACACAUACCCAGUUACCACCACGACGCGGGACGAUCACGUUCCGGUGCUGCAGUCGGCGUGUCGUUAGAGCGGACGACUUGUGCGACGGCGGGACGCGAUCACCACCGUCAAAGUCACAACAUAAUGGAAAACCCGGCUUACAACCCGGAGGAGGGCCAGCGGAUGGCCAACGAGUGUUUGGCCGCGAGGUUAUUGUCCGGUAAGGACAACACGGGCGGCCGCGGCGGCACCGGCACCGCGGUGUCCACGAUCUACGACCCACGCGCCUACGGAACCACCGCCACCGCCGCAGCCACCAACGCCGCCGCGGUAGUGACGACGCCCACGCCGGCCGCAUUCCAACCGGCGACCCGGCAACAGCCCGGCAAGCGGUGUACCUGCUGGCAGCCGCCCUCGGACAUACCGCAUUUGCAUAAGUGCAAUUCGCCGCCCAGGACCAUGUGCCACACCAACAUGUUCGUCCUGUACACGUUUCUAUUCUUCACGGCUCUCAUAUGCCUGACCACCAGCGUGCUGUUGUACAUCACUAGAAUACAAGUUCCACAUAAAGAGAAAUAUCCAUUAGUAGUAGAAGGAGAAUUUCAAAUUACAAAUAUCCCGUACACGAUAGGCUUUGUGGAUAGAAACUCCACCGAGUUUUUAGCACUGAGUGCCAAUAUCACGAUUCAGUUGGACGACACGUUCAGAAACAGUGAACUGUCACCGUGGUAUGAUGGCUGUGAGGUGAUUGAUCUAAGUCCCGGUCAAGCAAAGGGUGUUCAAGUGCAGUGCGAGAUAAAGUUCUCUCAAGAACCCGAGUCUGCUAUUGGCAUUGGGCAGAUCGGUAUUGCAUUCCUGAAGACUCUUCGCAUACAGCAUGGACAUACUUGGUUAGGAAACUACAGUGUAGACGUUCAAUCUAUUGGAUUUCAAAUGAGUGGCGAAUUGGGAAUGUGGACUGAUUGGUCUGAAUGGAGUGGUUGUGAAGAUCCCGGAGACUAUGUAGCUACCAGGACCAGAAAAUGUCUAACUAGGGACACGCGAGAACCGACAAGCGUAGACCGGUGUCUGCUAAUACCGGGCAAUAAGAGUGAUCUGGACCUGAUGCCUUGUCGGAUAUAUCUAUCACAAAAUUCAGACCUCGAUGAAUAUUUCACAGUCCCACCACCGAUUUCGACAUCAACCAGCAAAGAAGUAAUUGAACAAGCGCCGACAAACAAAGUCACAGAAAACGUUGAAGAUAAUUGGAUUUGUGACGAAUGCAAAGAAGACGAAGUUUGUUUGGCCGAUCGAGACGAAGGGAUUCUGCAAUGUUUACCAAGCUUAGAUAUAAAGGAUUUAACUGGAUGUGGUGGACGAUGUGGUAUAAACACCCAGUACUGUCAAAAUAUUCAUAGAAAUGCGUAUACUUGUGUGGAUACUUCGCCAUGCUCUAAAAACGAGUUUGAAUGUGGAAACCGCAUGUGCGUAUCGGAUAAAGCGAAGUGUAAUGGUAUUUACGAUUGUUUAGACCAGACAGACGAAAAAGAUUGUCCUUGUGAUCUCGAAACACACUUCCGAUGUGGCAUUCAAUGUUUGCUAAAGACGAAAAUGUGCGAUGGCGUGUCUGACUGUUGGAAUGGCCACGACGAACUGAAUUGUACUCAUUGCGAAGACGGUAAAUUUGCUUGUAAUUCAAACGAUGAGUGUGUAAUCUACGAUCAUUUUUGUGACGCAUACCCAGACUGUACAGACAAGUCUGACGAACCGUUAGGAUGUGAAGGGCCUUGCAGGAGUAAUGAGAAAGCUUGCAGAAAUGGCCGGUGUGUAAAAAUCCAUACACUUUGUGAUGAAAUAGAAGACUGCGGAAAUGAAUUUAACAAUAAAACUAAUUGUUAG